CAAAACAUUGCAAAAAAAGGCAGCGAGCCCCACACUUUCGAUAAGGACAAUUAGUCACCAGCGAGCGCCUGCCGAAAGAGGGGUGUAAUUAGCGGGGUCCCGCAGCUCAGCAUGCCCCAUCCCAGCUCCUGCCCCCCGGGGCUCCUCGCCCUCCUGGCCCCUUGGCUGGCUCUCCUGGCGCAUCUCUCCCUUUCCUCCCAAGCCGGGGACAGGCGAGCGGUCCCGGUGGAGAAACCCCCAGCUGUGAAGGGAAGGACUCUCAUUCUUCUGGAUGUGAACACCAAGAGCCCUGUCAGGGUAACCAGUGAGAACUUUCUCUCCCUGCAGCUGGACCCCUCCAUCAUCCAUGAUGGCUGGCUCGAUUUCCUAAGCUCCAGGCGCCUGGUGACCCUGGCCCGGGGCCUGGCUCCCGCCUUCCUGCGCUUCGCGGGGAAGAGAACCGAUUUCCUGCAGUUCCAGAACCUGAAGAACCCGGCCAAGAGCCGCGGGGGCCCCGGCCCGGACUAUUACCUCAAGAACUACGAGGACGACAUUGUCCGCAGCGACAUUGCCCUGGAUAAGCAGAAAGGCUGUAAGAUUGCCCAGCACCCAGACAUUAUGUUGGAACUACAGCGAGAAAAGGCAGCUCAGAUGCAUUUGGUUUUGUUAAAGGAGCAGUUUUCAAACACAUACAGCAACCUCACGUUAACAGCCAGGUCUCUAGACAAACUCUAUAACUUCGCCGACUGCUCCGGCCUCCACCUGAUCUUUGCGCUGAAUGCCCUGCGCCGAAAUCCAGAUAACUCCUGGAACAGCUCCAAUGCACUCAGCCUUCUGAAGUACAGUGCCAGCAAGAAAUACAACAUCUCCUGGGAGCUGGGCAACGAGCCCAACAACUAUCGGACAUUGACUGGCCGCACCAUGAAUGGCAGUCAGCUGGGGAAGGACUAUAUCCAGCUGAAGAGUCUGCUGCAGCUUAUCCGCACCUAUGCCAGAACCAGCCUCUAUGGGCCCAGCAUUGGGCGGCCCAGAAAGAACGUCAUCGCUCUCCUGGAGGGGUUCAUGAAGGUGGCUGGCCGCACAGUGGAUGCUGUUACCUGGCAACAUUACUACAUUGAUGGCCGAGUGGCCAAAGUGACGGACUUCCUGAAAACACGCCUGUUAGACACGCUCUCUGACCAGAUCAGGAAAAUCCAGAAAGUGGUAAAUAGCUAUGCACCUGGGAAGAAGAUCUGGCUUGAAGGUAUCGGAGCCACCUCAGCUGGAGGCAUGAACAAUCUCUCGGAUUCGUACGCUGCUGGAUUCCUGUGGCUGAACACCUUGGGCAUGUUGGCCAACCAGGGCAUCGAGGUGGUGAUGCGACACUCGUUUUUUGACCAUGGACAUAAUCACCUUGUGGACCAGAACUUUAACCCUUUGCCGGCGUGCUGUGACCUUCCCAGCCCUGUCCUGCCAGCAGCAGCACUUCAACAUCUGGCCUGCUCAGUCACAGAUGUUAUUCUGCGUCUCCUCUCUGGGGAUUACUGGCUCUCGCUCCUGUACAAGCGCCUGGUGGGGCCCAGGGUGCUGGCCGUCCACGUGGCAGGGCUCCAGCGGGAGCCGCGCCCCGGCAGAGUUAUUCGGGACAAGCUCCGCAUCUACGCUCACUGCAGCAGCUCCCACAGCCACAGUUAUGUCCGAGGAUCCAUCACCCUCUACAUCAUCAAUCUGCAUCGCUCCCGGAAGAAAAUCAAGCUUGUGGGGACGCUGCGAGAUAAGCUUGUUCACCAGUACCUGCUGCAGCCGCAUGGCACAGACGGGCUUCACGCCCGGUCCGUGCAGCUCAACGGGCAGCCGCUGGCCAUGGCAGAUGAUGGGACACUUCCUGAGCUGAAACCUCGCCCUCUUCGUGCUGGCCGCACCCUGGUUGUCCCACCACUGACCAUGAGCUUCUAUGUGGUGAAGAACGUUAACGCCCUGGCCUGCCGGUACCGAUAGCUCUGCUCGAAAGCCACUGGCCAAGACGAGACCUGCUGGACCUGCUUUAACCCUCCCCUGUCCUCUCGCUUCCUGCACAGAACUUGCUGCCAGUGGGUGGGGCUGUGACCUGCCCAUUGCAGACUGGGCCCCCCUCUCCUGGGGACUCUGCACCCGGAGGGAUGUGCAUCAUCACUGGCAGGUCCUGUUCCCCUUGGAGAAUAGCCACUCAGAUCGGAGGAGUCCUGAGCGACUCCUUCAGCGUGGCCCAAAGGCCUGGCAAACCGUCCCCUCAGCAAUACCUGGCCAGGCUGGCAGCUUGGCCCCAGCACCACAAGCUAGCUUGGCCCCGGGAUUGCUGUUCCUGUGGGGGAGAACAUGACUCAUUGGUGAGACAACUGGCUCCUCCUGGAAAAGCUGGGAACUUGGUGCAGUGACAGAGACAGGGGCGAUGGUGCCUGGGAGCUGGGGGCUACACGCCCUCUUCACACCAUCAGCAUUUCUUCCACAGGACUAGUGAAAAUCCAGCUGCUGAAUUCGGCCUGUGCGCACGGACGGCCCAGCUGCGAGGGAUCGGAUUGCAAGGGAUAGCGCUGCACCAGGCCGGUUUCUUACUGAUUCAGGGAGCUGGCUCCUUGCUCUGGGGGAAGGGCAGAGGCAGGGAGCUCAAGGGUUGUGUUCUUAUCCUGGGACAGGGAGCAGAGGCACAACUGCUGCAAAGGGGACAGAGCUAACCCAGCUGGCUAGAGCCAGCCCAGCCCCUCAGAGCCUCUUCUUCCCUGCGCUAACCAAGGCUGCGGGGAACUGUGGGCAUCAUCCCGGCUCUGUGCUCCCCAGGGUGCUUUGCUCUUGGGCACUUUGCUGGACAGAAGGUGCCUCUCCAGCCUGCCAGAACCCAGCCGCCCUUCUCUCCCCACACUGCCGUGCGACUGCCCAUGGCAGCUCCACCCUGCCAGCCUCCCGGCUGCCCUUCUCCCCCCACUGCCAUGCCACUGUCCAUAACGGGGUGAGCCUGGGAUUGGGGAGACAAGUGGGCCAGGCUCAGUGCAGCGCGGGGCUGCGGGGCCCUCCCCCCAAGGGAUUUCAUAGUUCACUCUAGUGAUGGGCUGGGCACGCACCGAUCUCCGGGGGUAGCCUUUGCCCGCCACUGCGUCUUCCCUCGGAUCCAGAGAGUCA